UUGGAUCGAGCAGAUCCAGACGUAAAGUUUGCUGGAACUGUACUGAAUGCAGCAAUUGUUGAGGGAAGUGCCACAGUUGAAGCAGUGAUAUUGUAUGCGAAAUGGGCACUGAAGUACGACAUCUCGAAGUUUCAUGUGGUUCACCAGAAUGGUCUCAAGCUUUUCAAAGGCGCUGGACUAGAUCAUUUUAUGAUAGAAUGGACAAAGCUUGUUCAAAGUCUGGCUAAUGAUGUGCCGAAGGACGAUGAAGGGGUUGAAAAAGAAGUGAAGGCUAUCUCACCCAAACCAAAAGCCAAAGAAGAAGAGUGCAUAACUACCGUAGAAAUUGAAAAUGAAGAGAAGGGACUUAAAAAGCCUACAAAACGGAAAAGCGUAGUGCGAAAAGGCAGUCCGCGGAAAGUAACCAAGUUGAGGUGA